CACCCGCCGCCACCGCCAGCCCCGCACCACGGCCCGCUGCCAUGCUGCAAGGGCAGGAGCGAGCAUCCCGCCGACCCCAAUGGUGCUCUCGCGUCGUCUGGUGCUAUCGACCAAAACCCAAGCACUUUCCAAGAAAACCAAGCUGUUUUUCCGUCUAGUUUACACUCGCCUAGUAUGCCAAAGCCAGUCGGUAAGAGGCAAGCCUCAGCGAAAGACAGUGUCCCCAGCCCGCGGCUGCUGGUCCAGAGCAGCCCUCUGAGAAGGAACAUGCCACCAAACUCUCUCUCCCAAGUGCACUUUCAGAGCAAAGCCUAUUGCAGUUCCCCCACGGGCAGCACCAGCGCAGGAUCCAUGCCUUUCGAGACAAGCAUUCCCACUACGGCACCCGCCCACCCCAGGCUUGUGCAAGCUUGGGAAGGUGCCACUAAGGCGUUUUCUCCCAUGGACCAGAAUUCAGCACCUUAUUCAAACCCUGUUGGAAACCAGUUCUCAUUUGAGUGCCAGUCUGGCCCCGAGCAGAGGCAGCACAGGCAGAAAAAUGCCAGGAUGCCUUGGCAGCAAAUACACCUCGCUUCUGCAAUGCCCGGUCAAAACAGGCUAGAGCUGUCGAGACAGAUCACCAGCCAGAAGCUCCCCUUCCCCCCGGGCACGUCGGAGUGGCAGGGGAGCGGGAAAGACCAGAAGGGGCCCCCCGUAAGUAACUCUCCAGGGUAUCAUGGCAAAAAGCUCUUGUCGGGAGAGAGCCUCGGGAUCCAGAGGGGAGACCCCAACUCGACGGGCGCUUUCUCUUUCGAAAGUGGAAAGGAGCCGGGGUCUCCUGCCUGCGAUUCGAGAAGCAAAGCCCUCUUCUACGGCAUGGGUCAAGCAGGUCCUCCUCCUCCCUCAAGGAGCUCGUCAGGCUCAGCGCUGGUCCUGCCACCGUCGUCUUUGGUGGCUGCCUCCCCUUGCGAGUCCCCGCUGCCAUCCCCUGUCCCCAACCCCACCUGCGGCAGCACCUGCUCGUCGCUCUCCCCCAUGUCCAGCAGCCCGCUCAACCCCAGCUUCGAAGACAGCCAGAUGGCCGGAGCACUGACCUCCUCUCCCUUCUUCCAGCACCCCUGCCAUCCCAAGGACGGCAACAAAACCUUCCAUCCCUCCGACGUCCUGAGCUCCAGCUCGCUUCAUUACCACCCUCCGGACUCCGUCAAGUCCUUCCACUUCCCUUCCGAUGCCCUGAAAGAUGACAACCUCCUGAAAUGUGCCCCGGCGAGCCCGUUCCACAAACCCGGCGUGGAGGUGGCCAAAGGAUGCUCGGAUGGGCUGGAUGAGGAGCAGCCUCCGCCGCCAUACUCCUCCCAUCACUUGCUGGCCAGCUCGCUCAGCAGCGCCAGCCUGGACCAGCUGGACGUGCUCCUGACGUGCAAGCAGUGCGACCAGAACUACAGCAACCUCUCCUCCUUCCUGCAGCACCGCCAGUUCUGCGCCUCCCACCCCACACCCCAGGGAGAGGGCAAGGAUGCUCCCCGGGCAGCCGAGGGGCGGAAAGCACUCCCCCCGGAGCCCCCCAAGCCCUCCAGCCUGGGGCUCUCUCCGGACCCCCAGGCUCAUUUCUUGACGUUAAACAAGAGCGAUGACUUCUUGCUGGAUGGGGAAAGCAAAAGCGAGGGCAAGGAAGAUGCUCUGAAGGGCGGCCUCUUCAACGGCCUCACCGCCAGCUCCCUGCCGCUCACCGCCUCGGACCUGGACAUCGACGACGCCAAGCUGGACAGCCUGAUCACCGAAGCCCUCAACGGCCUGGGGUACCAGUCAGAUAACCCAGAGAUCGACAGCAGCUUCAUCGACGUGUUUGCCGACGAGGAGCUGACGGGCAUGAAGGCGGCUGGUGGUGGGAUGUCCCACAAGGUGAAGGAAGCCCUGACCUCGGAGAGCAAAUCAAAGCAGGCGGUAGCUGAGGAGAAGGCAGCAGCCCAGCCCAAGGCUGGCUGUUUUUAUGAAGAUGGCCACCCGGGUGGGGAGCAGGCGAAGAGAGGAGCAGGAAAGCAGCACCUUCACAAGGGGAGGGCGGCACGGAGGUUGGCAGCCCAGGAGGCGGAUACCGGGACAGCGGGAGCACAGAGGACAGCCAGGCCGCGGGCGGGCAGGAAGAACAGCAUCCCACCGGCCACCACCUCCAGCCAAAAGCAGCCCAGGAAGCUCAGCCAGGAAGCACCGAUGAAGAGUGAGGUGGGGCUGGGCGUUGCCACCAAAAGCUCCAAGCCGCCCCGGUUCUCCAUGAAGGAGAUGAAGAAGAGGAAGCCCCGAAGCGGGACGUGGAGCAAGGAGCUCAUUCACAAGAUCGUCCAGCAGAAGAACAAGCUGCACAAACUGCAGGUGAAGAGCAGCAAGGAGGCGCAGCUCCCCCAGGUCACCGAGAGGCUGACGCCAGCCUCCAAGGAGGGCAGGUUUCGGGAGUAUGACUACGUCUCCGACUCGGAUGAUGAUGGGGCAGAGUGCAGCAAGCUCCGGGGGAGGAAGAAGCGUGGCACAGGAUUCGUUGGGAGGACCAAAUACAGCUUUAGCAAGAAACGCCCGGGAAGAAGCGAGAGAGUCAAAGAGAAAGACCCAGCCUGGAGCUACAGUCAGAAAAGGGAAGCGCAGGAGCGCGGGGGGGUCCCAAGCCAAGAGGAUGCCAAGAAAGAGGAUUGUGCCUCCAGAGUCCGAAGACGGAGCAGCCAGUCGUCUACCAGCAGCAACCACAGCGGUAGCGUGCCCAGCGAGACGGGCACCAGCCCACCCCGCACUGAUGGGGCUGGCUCGGGCAGCGAGAAGGGAGGCGCACGGAGGAGGAGGCGCUUGGGCAGCCCCGCACGUGCACCAAGGACUCUGCUCAGCCUUCCCGAGGAGAGGAGCCCAAAGAAGAGCCAGAAGAGCCAAGAGGACUUUCCCAGGGGGAGCAGGCGGUUCGGCUCAGCUAAACCUUUGCUAGCAGGCUCCAGGACACGUCCGAGUACUGAUCCAGAGGUUGCUGCGACGGACUGUGCAAAGGAGGAGCCGUCACCGCAGCCUCAGGAAAGGCAGUUGCCCAGCACGGCCGCCUCGGUCAGGAGCCCCGUCGGGCUGUCCUGUAAGGAGGGCGCGGAAGAGGCCAAAGAAGCAGCAAAGCACACGGAUAAGGCAAGAGAACCCACCCUGGAGGCUCAGGACUCACCUGAGCUGGCCAUGGUCAACCCGAGGCAUCCGUUUGCCCCUUUCACGAGCGAUGGGCUGAAGCACCACACGGAAGAGCUAAUUGCUCCGUCCCACGGCGGUAACGAAGCUAGUCCUGGCAGUGCUGCCUACUCGGAAGUGGGCAUCAAAUACUCGAAGGCACACGGGCUCUGUGACAGUCAGAAGGACUAUCCCGUGCCGGUUGCCCCAUACGGGGGGGAUGCAGUGGGGAUGAUGCUCACUGCCAAGGUGCCCAAUCCGUACGUCGGCAGUGACAGCGCAUUUUUCGAUCCCAAAGGACUUCCCGGUCACUACGAUGACAACCUCUUCUCAAAGCCCCCAGCCUUGGGCUCGUCACACAUGGAUGACGUGUACUUAUGCCGGGAGGACAUCAACGCCAGCUCCUUCGAGCAGAAGCACGCCAGCAUCUCCCCUUACACCACAGAAACGCCGCAGGGCAAGGUCUCCUCCCCUCUCAGCUUCGAUUCCUCUUCAAUAUUUGGAGAGCUUCCCGUCACCGAGUUCGAUCCGCCGCUGUAUGAGAGUGUUUCUGCAGGCAAGGAUGGUUAUGUGACAACGUUCGCCUGUCCUGGCAAUCCCCCCAGCAAGCCACUGCCGUUUGAGCAACCAUAUCCACCAUUCAUGCCAGAGAAAGACUGGUCCCUCAUGGAGGAGGUGGCUCCGAUGCUGCCAGAAGACAUGACUCAGUUCCACAGCCUUUCAGUGGAGAAGCCACUAGCUAAGAAAUUCCCCGAGGAAGGACCUGUCCCCACCAGCCAGCUCUCCCUGCCGCUGCCGGACAGGAUAACGGAUUAUAACGUGACUUUUAUGAACAACAUCUCAGACGAUGAGCUGGAGAUCAAGCGAUUAGUCACAGAGCUGGAAAGUCAACUGCAAACCAACAAGCUGGAUAGCGAGGCCCCCGUCGCCCUUCAGAAACCCGAGCAACACGUCACUGCCCAUCUGCGAGGACAGGCGGCCGAGCAGUUCCCACCGCUGCCGGUUAAGCAAGAGGUGAGCCAUGAGAAAGGACUGUUUUUGGCAGACGAGCUGGGCAGUUCAAGCCUCUGCGUCAGGGAGAGGCUGGGAGGCGAGAAGCCGGACGUCAUGAGUGCUGGUGGGGACUACGAGAGACCCAGGGAGCCCUGGCCCUGCCCGGUGGAGCUGGAGGCAGGGAUGUGCACACCAGCCCCACUUGCCGUGGACCAUUUCUGCUCCAAAGAUAGCAGCGAGCAGCUUCGGGGAGCUGCAGCUGCCAAGGAAAGUGACUCUGGAAAGAUGGAAAAUGGGUGUUCCUCCAAAAGUCUACCUGGCUCACGCACGCCAGACCUAACAGAGGCUCCCAUCUACACAGAUCCCGUGACAAAAAGCCCUCCUGUUGUCACUGACUCUGUGUUCCCCAAGACUCUGGAGGCAGCUGAAGCCACCAAAGAUCCCCUGCCAUGCCAGCGCGGUGCUGAGAGCUUCCCCGUGCCGAGGAAACCAGAUGAAAGCUUCACUGAUACUGCAGAGCUGGAGAAGUUUGACGCACAUCUUCCAAACCGUAAAGCUGAAUUUGGCUUUCAGCAAGGUCCCACCCCAGCCUUGGAUCCCACCUUUUCACCUCACAUCAAAGAGGUCCCAGAUACAGAAGGAAGACCCUUAAGCAGGCCUGAGUCACCCAAAAUGGCGAAAAGCGACAUGGACUUCAAAGGGGAUGGUGGCGGGCCCGUGUUGAUGGAAGAAACAGAGGAGAGGAAAAGCCCCACCACCUACCCAGCCCCCGGACUGGGUGACAAAGCCACCAAGCAAAAAGUGCUGCUGUUCGAUAUGCUGAGUCUGCCCAAGGAGGGUGACUGCGGCUCCCGACAGACGUUGGCAUCCCAGGAGACGGCUGCCAACCCCCUGCAGCAGCUCCAGCUCUUCGUUGCCCGAACAGUGAAGAGCAAUGAGGAGGAGCUGUUGAUGCCGUGCUUCCCCGUGCUGCUCGCUUCCAGCCACCCCUCUGCCACCGCCCGCAUCCAGCCAGAGCAGAAAGAGGAGAGCGGGGGUGCCUUGGAAGGGGAAAAUCGGACGUACUGCCCUGCCCAAGGGGAGGGGAACAUCCCCGUUGGAGGCAACACAGAAAACACUGCUGCCCCAGCAAAAGAGGCUGUGCUUUUCUCUGGUGGGCACGAGCAGCUGGAGUCGUUUGGUGCGAUGGGCUCUUACUCCGCAAAACAAUCCACGUUCACGAAGCCGGAGCUGCAAAAUAAUGUAACGGAGCUGCAGCACUUAGCAAAUGAACAUGCGGAGCCGAAUGACAUUAAUAUCCGUGCAGAUGGUGUUUCCCGAGAGCGUAAUGACCUCUCGCCACUCGAAAACACAGCGGUGACCCCACCGCCAGGGCAAGGAAGGAAAGCUGAGCAGCUCGUGGAAGAGCAGGAGCAAGAUAAGACCAAAGCGACCUUGGCAUUUAAAACCCACGAGCAAUCCCGUUUAGGCUGUAGUUCGCUCGAGAAAGAAGCGCUGGGCAGCGCAGCAGCAGAGAGGCUGGAAAGCAGUCAGGUGGGGCAGGGGGCACAGCCCCCGUGCUGUGCUUCCACGAGUCCCACCAGCCCCCCUGCUCCCUCCGAGGAGGAUCGCCACCAGGAUCAUCACUUGGUGCCGGAGAAGAAAGCCGGCGCAGUCAGUGCAAAGGUUUCCAGAGAAGGAAACGGCAAGAUGAAGUCCCUCAAUGGCUGUCAUUACACGAGCGAAUCUCCGGCCAGCCUGCCCUUGCCGACCAAUUUUUCUCACCCCAAAUGCUUGCAAAACGGUGGGGCUGAGGGAGGGGACAUCCCCAGCUUUGGCACUCAGCUCUCAGAUGAGAAGUACAGCGGGUCCCUGCUUAAUGCAUCAAGUUCAACCAUCAUGAAGAGGUGUCCUCCUGAGGCCAACAGCCAUCAUGUCCAUCACCCUACUGUAAGCCCAGUAGAGCAAGGGACAUGGAAAAGGGCACCCACCUUCCCUCCCUCGCUGCAUCACCAGGGGGCCGUGCCAAUGGAAGCAGUCGAGGACGGUCACCAUCACCUUCCCGAUGGCGUUUUGGGUAACUACGGACUGCCUGAAAGAGAAGGGACGGCGAGACACUGCGGUCUGGUGGGCUCUGCCUCAGAGAUGGAUGGUCCCCAGCAACCACACGGGAAGGAGUGCUCUCUCCCCUGCUCACCACCUUUCAACCAAAAGUGUGUUGGGAAAGAGGGACCCGAAAGCACCGGUGCUGCGCUGCCAAGUUCUCGUUUUAAAGAAAACCAAGUGUGCACCAUCACAGAUACGGUCAUUAACUCCAUUCCUCCAGAAACCCAAGAUUACCCAACCCAGUCCACAACAGAUCUUCUGCCAAAUAGAGAAGGAGAGGUAAACCUGAACCAAGAGAACAAGCUUGAAAGCUGCUCUGAUGAUGGAAAUAAGCAUCAAGCUUUGUCCAAUGGUUUUGUUAAUGGCCACGAGUUUUCAGAGGCAGCGGAGGUGAGACUUGGUCUUUCCAAAACCACAGAGAGCAGAGGAAAGAGUUUAAAAGGGGAGAAACCCAAAAGCCAUGGGGCUGGAGAAGCUGGGAGUUGUGUGUUAAACAGUAUGGGCCAAGGAGAGGACAGCACGCCUAACAGUACUCCAAACCCUUCCCAAAAUGAACUUCACAAAGAAAAGAAGGCAAACGGGCUCCCGGUGACCUGCGACAUUUGUUCAGCCACUUUCCGGUCCAAACCUGGCCUGACCAGGCACAAAGCUGUCAAGCACCAGGUGAAGAACGGUGGCGGACCACAGCCCAGCAAGACUCCCAGGUCCACUUUGAUUGCUGCAGACAAGACAUCGAAAGCAGCCCAAAAAGUGCCCAGGAGGAGCCUGAAGACUUCGGUCAAAGACAAAACCUGCAGCUCAGAGGUGCCGACCACCAACACUGAACACAUCCCCAAGAAAAUAUGCCCAGACCUGGAGAAAGAGCCCAGCGCACAGAUGCAAGAAGUGGUCAGCAGAGUGCUCAGCGACCUCAGCGUGAUCUCCUUCGAGAUGUCCCAGGAGCUGCACCGCACGUGUGUUCUGCAGAGGGAGAUGAAGGCAAAGGGACCACGCUCGGAGACGAGGGCGGCAGGCGAGGCGGCGGCUGGAAAGCUGGAUUCAGGACGGCAAGCCAGGAAGGGAGAAAAGGGCAGAAGGUGCCAAAGCAAAGAUCCUGGAGAGGUGAACGGCAAUUCUGAAAAGCAGCUGAACAGGAAAGUGAGACGAAGGAAAGCAAAGGUAUUUCCCAGCAGAAAUGAGCCCGAUGGUCCAUGUGAGCUGGAGAAGAACCCAGGUCCCCCCACUGCUGUCCUCAGCUCCAGUCUGCCCGGGACCAUGGAGGGCUUGCGUGAGCCAGGUGGUUGCGUCUCCACAGAGGAGCAAAAUAGGUCCAAGACACCUCAGCACUCUCAAAAAGCUAAACAGUCCCCUUGUGCAGCUGAGCUUGCAGAGGACCUGGGCGACAGGAUGGUGUCUUCAAAGGAGAAGGUCAGCAAGGAGUCGGUAACAGGCAUGGUCGCCUGUCCCGGGGAGGUGGAAGAUCCAAGCGGAGUGGAAGAUGCGCAGGCUUGCAAAAAAUUGGUUAGCGGGUUGGUGAAGCAAGUGGAGAAGGGAUUGGGCAAGGUAGGCGAAGAGCAGCAUCAUGGUGCAGAGGAGAUGGAUGCUGAGAGAGGAGACAAUCCUGUGGCAGAUAGCGGCACUGGGAACCGGAGUGGUGGCCCGCAGAGUCCCAUGGCUCCUGCCGAAGGGGGUCUGCUGCUGGAGACGGCUGAUUCCGAAACCAUCCAACAGGUUCCCGGGCAAGGCGCUCUGCAGAGCACACCGGGGACCAGCCCUCCUCCUGCAGAGCCAAAGCGAUGGGCGAAGGCUGACCUGCCACCGGGCAGGGAGCAUUGUGUGGAGAGCGCAGCCGCCUCGGACCUCCAGAGCUUGUUUGAUGAUGACUCCACGUUCUCCCAGCUGUUUCCCCGGGAUGACCAGUUUGUCCGGAGAAAGUGCACACGGGUGUAUGGGAAGCGCAGCAAGAAACCCAAGCCCGUCACCGAGGUGAACCUCCAGCCAACGGGUGCCAUCGACCUCUUCACGAUCCGAUUAGCUUCUGACCUCAGCGAAACCAGCUCGUUCUGUGUCACCAGGGAGGACCCUUGCGAAUACGAAACGAUCUCUGUGGACGAUGCCUUAAUGCUAAACAUGUGUCACGGCAGCAAGGCGAAGAGUGGAGAUGCCGGUCCCAGCGGAUCCAGAAGCAUUACGCUGAGGUCGGACUGCGAGAAGACCGACCAAGGGAAGGAGGACAUUGACCUGGAAGACAACAUGCUAACCUUCUUGUGCCAAAACAGCCAAGUGGACAACAUGCCCAGCUUGAACAUCUGGGGGAGUCUGGAGAAGGAGGGAGAAAGCCUCUCCGCUGAGGACAUGUUUGAGCCUCUGGUGGACCUUGAGGAUGAGCGCUCGCUCAGAGAAGCGAGCUCCGAGCCCCCCGACCUGGUGGAGGAGCCCUACGACGGCAAGGGUAACGAAGAUGCAGACUCUCCUGAAUUUCAUACCAUCGACAUCGAGAUGCUGAACGCAAAGCUGAAAAUGAGAGACAUGUGCUUCUUCGGCCCUUGCGAAGAUCUUCCUGGCCACGGGGAGGACAGCGCUGUGAGUUUCAAACCGAAGCUGGGCCAGCACAGCAAGCACAGAAAUAAGCUAGAAGACGGGAAACUGGGGAAAAACCGCAGUGAGAUAACCAUCAAGAGCAAGGACAAGCAGUACAAAUGCAAAGUCUGCUUCCAGUGGUUCCUGACGUUAGGGGAGCUGGACUUCCACAAGCUCUCCCAUAACCCUUCCCCUCCACCUACCUGCUACAUGUGCGUCCAGCGCAAGUUCAGCUCCCGGGAGCAGCUGAGGGACCAUCUGAAGGAGAAGCACGCCAAAAACAAAGCUGGUCUGUGGGCUUGCGGGAUGUGCCUGAAGGAGAUCUCCGACGUCUGGAUGUACAAUGAGCAUCUCCGGGAACACGCCACCCAGUUUGCUCGCAAGGGGCAAGCGCAGAAGUCCGUGAUGGGCCUGCCAGCCUGCUUCGGUGAGGACAACGCUGCUGUCACCCACUUCCUCAACACCAUCAUGUAUCGGAAGCCCAGCAGGUCCUCCCGGCACGCUGACGCCAGCAGCAAGCACGCAGUUAGCAGAGGAAGCAAGAGCCCCAAGGAGCUGCCCCUCGAGCAGGAGGCCAAGGUGAUGAAAGACCCCUUGGAAAGCAACGUCAAGGUGAAGCCACCUCCACCCAGCUCAUCUAAAGCAUCUGCCAGUCCGUCUCCAGAGCACGUGGCAAAAAGCGAAGGCACCCCAAAAUCUGUCCCCAUGCACCCAGACUGCAAGGAUCCUUCCAGGGACUGUCAUCACUGUGGCAAACAGUUUCCCAAACCCUUCAAGCUCCAGCGGCACUUGGUGGUGCACAGUUUACAGAAGAUCUACCUGUGCCACAAGUGUCCGAUGUUCUACCAGGAGACCAAAGAGCUUCGAAACCACCUCAGCCAGGAGCACAGCGUAGUAGAGGAACAGGAGAUCAAGCACACCACGCUGUACGCCUGCGAGCUCUGCGCAGACGUCAUGCACGUUAUCAAGAAGUCCUUCAUCUGCAGCAUGUGCAACUACACCUUCUCCAAGAAAGAGCAGUACGACCGGCACAUGGAGAAGCACCUGGCGGGAAGCAGCAAGACUUUCAAAUUCAGAGGGGUCAUGAGGCCUGGCAUGGCCUCCAGGGAGGGCAGGGAGAAGGUGAAAGAGGACGGCUCUUUGCGGGAGGGCAUGCCACCAAGCAAGAAGAGGAAGGUUGGUCACCACGGCAGCUCACUCCCACGCAGCUCACCGGUCCACCUGGACCACACUAGUGACCUUCAGCUGGCAGAGGCUGCGAGCCCCAGCCUGCAGGCCCCCACUGACUCCUUCCCUACGGCACCUGGUGACCCGGGAGCACCCCAACCCUCCGUGAAAACAGAAGACCUGGUGGGUGACUUCUCCGACCUCCUGGCAGAGAUGGAGAAAUCCCAGUUUGACGCCCUGCCUCCGCCACCCUGCCUCUCCCCGUCUUUGCCACAGGCUGCGGCGAGCAGCCCAGAGCUCGGCCAUAUCGCUGCCUUGUCUAUGGAGGAGCUGGAGAAAGGAGCGUUUGAUGGGAAACCACUUCCUUUCUUGGACUCGCCCGAGUUUACCAUUGACCUUGCUGGGUUGGCUUGUGACCAGGCCACAGACCAAAAACUCUCUCCUCCACACCUGACUGAGAAACGUGGCUACGCCGAUGCCCAUAAAAGAACAAGCGUGGGCAACAAAGACGAAUAUACAGCGGGUGUCCUGGAAAAUCCCAGCGCAGCCACCAACGCUGUGGAUGAGAUCCCAUUUCUCCCGCUCGCCAAGAAGGUCUCAGAGCUUCCUUCCCCACAGGCAGAGGCUCCACCAGCCAAGGACAUCCAUAGGUGGGGCAACCCCAGUGCCAGCGACGCCACUUCUUGGGAAGGCGCAUCUAAGGCCACGUCUUCAGAAGCCGCCCACCACGCCUCGCCCCUGAAGGACAAGACGGCAUCGCCCACGCUGAACAGGGCUGCUAAAGAUUCGGUCCCACAGAAGAAGACCACGAGUAGCCAGCCCGGCAGUGAGGCUGCUCCCAGCGCGGGCAGCCCCGGUGGCAGCGCCGAGGAAGGUCAGCAACCCAUCUCGGGGAGGGAGAAAGCCACGCCUGAGGCUAAAGACAGUGGCACUAACGUCAAGGACCAAGGUGGCAACCCAAGCAAAUCCACUGGCCACCAGCCCAGAGGCGAGGCGGCCGGCAACACGGUGAGACACGGCCACGUGGAGCCCAGCAAAGCCACCGGCAAACUUCAUCCCAAGAGGAGGAAAGAGCACAAGUCCUUGAGCCACCGGAGCAGCUCUGGUUCCCGGGAGAACAUGGAGGGAGAUGGGAAAAAGAAAAAAGCCCGGACCCCGGGCCCGGGGAGGAGCGAGAGCACCAGUGAGCUCAAACGUGCCGGCUGGAGCAACACCGAAGCGUCUGCCCUCUCCCCUGGGAGGAGGGAGACGCAGUGCAACAAGCUGGUCCCCAAGCCCAAAACGGGCACCCAGCUGAAGAAGAUGGUCCUGGACACUUACAACCAGAAGAAGGGGGAGCUCCGUCACGCCAAUGGGGACAUGAAACGCAGGAAGGCCAUUCUGGGGAAGAGCCUCCACCAAGUGUUGGCCAAGGGGCCGGCGCCAUCCCCGCGUGGCUCCUUGCACAGCCCACGUGCUGCCCGGGGUGCCAAGGCGGCCGGUUCGGCCAGCUAUCGCACCGCCGAGUCCCAGAACAACCUGCUAAGCCAACUGUUUGGGCAAAAAUUAACUAGCUUUAAAAUUCCUUUAAGAAGAGAUACUUCAGAGUAA